CCAACACCGACGCCACUGUCAAGCCUAGCCUAGCGCGCAGUAGCCACUCCCCGACCCAGACAACUACUGUUACGCGCAGCCGACCAGAGAGGAGAGCCAGCAGCAGACAGACGACCUGCCCGGCGCAAUGGCGAUGCCGCCCAAGCCCGGCGACCCGCCGCAGCGCUCGCCGGGGCGGAGCCCCAACCUCAACCUGCCCUGCCCGCUCCCGCCUGUUCCGGGCGGGGCGCCGCAGCAGCCAGGCGGCGGCCUGCCCGCGCCGCGCGUGGGCCAUCACCGCCGCGCCAGAUCUGAGGUGGCCUUCCGCUUCCCGGACGACCUGGGCGCCGGCGGGGGCGCCGGCUUCGACGAGAUCGGCUCCGAGGACGACCUCUUCUCCACCUUCAUGGACAUGGACAAGAUCGCCGGCGCCGACCGCGACCGCGCCGCCGAGACCUCCUCGCCGCCGCGCCCCGCCAAGCACCGCCACAGCGCCUCCUUCGACGGCUUCGGAAUGGGGCCCGCCGGCGGCGGGACGGGGGGCCAGCAGGACGGCGCUGGAGGGGUCUUCGGCGAGGUCAUGGAGGCCAAGAAGGCCAUGUCCUCCAAGCAGCUCGCCGAGCUCGCCGCCAUCGACCCCAAGCGCGCCAAAAGAAUCAUAGCAAAUAGACAAUCUGCAGCUCGGUCAAAGGAAAGAAAGGCUCGAUAUAUAACAGAACUAGAGCGGAAGGUUCAAACUCUUCAGACAGAGGCUACUACUCUUUCAGCACAGCUGACGCUAUUCCAGAGAGACACAACUGGACUUUCUGCGGAAAAUGCAGAGCUCAAGAUAAGGUUGCAGGCCAUGGAGCAGCAGGCUCAGUUGCGUGAUGCUCUAAACGACGCACUGAAGCAGGAAGUUGAGAGGCUUAAGAUAGCAACGGGUGAGAUGUCAAAGUCCAAUGAACCGUACAGUAUGGGAAUGCAGCAUGUCACGUACAGCCCUUCAUUCUUCCAGCUCUCAGAGCAACAUGGAGUUCAACACCACGGAAAUAUUCAGCUGCCGCCUCAUUUCCAACAGCCUCCUCCCAGUGUCCCGAGCCACCAAAUGCUGUCCCACCCACCCAAUUCCCUCUCGGAUAUGAUGCAGCAAGAUUCACUUGGGCGGCUCCAGGGGCUAGACAUUGGCAAAGGGUCAGUGGCUGUGAAGUCAGAGGCAGAGGUUGUGGUGAAGUCGGAGGGCAGCUCUAUAUCUGCAGGUGAAAGCAAUAGCACCUUCUAGUUAUACUAUACAUCGGCCUUCCAACAUGCUUUCGUUUCAUUUAGAGUUCUUUUGUUCAUAGUUGACAUCCUUGAACUGCUUCCUCCUUCAUGGUAGGCCUAUUCUUUUUAUUCAAUUUGUUAUAUCUAGUUAACCUUGUUGGGUUGUGAAUUGUUGUCAUUGGGGUGGCUGAUUCUGUAGAAACAUUGAUAUGUUUGUUUUGGGUUCAUCUUCUGUGUGUUAUGGUUGUUUCAAGUUAGGGGGUUGAGCGGGCACCGAGUGAUUGGAUUUGCAGAAUUCCUUUUUCUCCAUCUGUUUUUAGCUUUGUUGUAGACCUAACAAUCAUGAGUUACACUUUUGGGAAUGUGUACA